ACAACAAAAAUGUCUGGUCACGGUUUAUUCUGCUCUACAAUGAGGGUUACACGCCUUGCUACCAAUACACAUAUGGGGCAGAGUAUAAGCAAUCUGUUGUAUAGAAUUCCAACUUGUGGAUACGCAAAGAAAGUUGCAUCCAAAGGAAAGGGCAAGGGCAUAGGGAAAGAUGUGCUUGCUGGUCCGGAGGUGUGUAAGGACCCUGUGAAGCUCACCUCUCAUGCUGUUGGAGUCAACAUUUUGAAGCAAGGAGACGACCCUGCCCUGAAACCUCGAAAGGAAUACCCAGAGUGGCUGUUCCAGUUGCACCUUGGUCCCCCUAAGAAAAUCCACGAGCUGGAGCCAGAUAGCCGUGAAUACUGGAAGGUCCUGAGGAAGGAGCACAUGUGGCGCUUUAACAGGUUACACAAAGGGAAGAAGCUGUAGUACCCAGGGCAGCGAGAGACCUUUAGUGAUCAGCUGCUCUCUGCAGAAUUGUGUUCUGCAGACACUAUAGUAUACCUGUAACAGACUGACUUAGUACCUGUAUGUGAUCUUUCUGCUGAAAAGUAAACACCAAUCAUAUCGAGAUAACUCUUCCUAAAGACUGGCCUGGAUCUCCAGUUUUUGCCAUGUUAUUUCUCAUUUUAUAUGUUACCAUGUGCUUCUUUGAUACAGAUUAUGCAAUAAAAUUGUGACAUGAGUUUGGAUUUCUUCACUCCUUGCAAAUAGCUUUCUGUUGCGAUAAUACAGAUUCUCUGAAAAAAAAGAGCCAUGUUUAUUCUCGUUACUUCUCUGCGAAAGAACAUCUAAAUGGCUUUUGAGGUCUUCUCAUUUUGUUCAAGAUGUUGUGUAUCAAUCGUUAAUAAAUUUAUAUUUUGU